AUGUCCGGACUUCAAGCAUCAGGCGAGUGUAAUGAAGAUGCAGUAGAUAUCCUGAAGUCACUCUUGGGAGACGAGAUGAUUAUCGUACAGAAACAUCUUCGAAACCUCUUAGAUCUCCAGCCAGGACGCCUGAACCAGGCUUUGAAACAGCUUAAGGAUGCCGAGAAUAAGUGGGAUGUCCUGGCAAAACACCUCGAACGAGUCAAGAAGGAGAUGCAAGAUCAGAUACUGCGUUGCCGAGACCUCAGCGACCGAGCCAAGACGCUGAAUGAGCAGCUGGACUUUCAGAAGUUCCUUUAUGAAAAGGAACUGGAGAAAUUGUGGCUGAACCAGGAGAAAAUGCAGAGCAUCUAUGAGGCCAAGAUGCGUGAGCUCCAGGAACUGCUGGACCGACGCUCGUCAGACUUUUCUGUCACAUGCGAUGAGCUGCCCAGCUACAAGACUCGCCUGGGCGGUGUCAAAUCUCACAUUGCUGAGCUCGAAUCGCUCAACCAGUCCCUGCAGUCCUGUGUGCGCGACUUGGAACCACUGCAGGAGCAAGGAGAUGACUGGAACGCUCUAGAGAAGAUGCCACAGGAUUGUAAAAGCGAACACGACCUGAACCGCCUCGUUCCAAAGCGAGAAAAAGACUCGCUAACCUUCUGGAAACAUUGGCAGAAGGAAUAUCUGGAGGAACUGAGAAACUUCGCCAUCAACAAAGUAGAACGAACUGAAUUGGUGAAGGAAGAAAACUUAGUUCUUAUGCGAAACAAAGAACACCUCGGCAAGUUUUGUUGA